AUGUUACUGAGUGUAACAUCUUCGCGAUUUGUAAACAGAUAUCAACCCACAAGUCUGAAUGGAUUUGACACCCCUGAAACUUGUUUGAGCCCAUCAUCAGCUAUUGAUUUGACCGCUGCAUUAUCUACUGGGACUGAGGCCAAAACUAUAAUAGAAUCUCUCGGCUGCGUAAUAAGUUCAAUUCAGGGCCUGUCGUCGACUGAAUUUAAUUGCACUUCAGUUUCAAAACCUUUGGUUGCAAAUUAUUCUUCAUCUGUAAUAAGCAAUAUCACUCUUGACAGAUGGUUAAUAAGUUCGCUGAAAACUUUUUCUUCUUCAGCGAAGCCAACUAUACACCCAUCGACAACGGAAAUAACGACACCAUUAUUUACAACACAUGUUACAUCUGCCACAUCCGAAACAUACUCCGCAUUCACCGAUCAAAAAUCAAUUUAUGUCGUGUAUGAUCAGGAAUAUAAGAUCACAGAACUUACAACAACAUUCAACACACACUUUCCGCAGACGACUGUGCUCAAAGAAGCAGGUGCCCUGCUAACUUUCACUAUUCCAUCCAAUACCAUCACUGGAGAUGCCAAGCUUUAUCAAGUUUUAUCCGGGGAGCUGAAUGUUCAGAACUCCCCAGAUAAAAAGAAUAAAAAAACUGGAGUAAUUGUUGGCUCUACGGUUGGAGUCAUCAUCGGAGUGGUGGUAAUCAUAUUUAUCGGAUUCACAAUUAUCAGAAAUAAGAGAAAUGUCAAAAAUCGUAGCAAAAAAGGCUUUAGUCAUAAUAUUGGCCAAAGAAUAAGCUGCGAUAAGGUAGCAAAGGGUGAGCCAAUGCCGAAUCCCUUUUUAAAUGAAGUUAAUUAUAAAGUAGUAAUCAGUGGAGGGGAUAGACGAAAUUUACGUGAGAAUGAUAGAAAAAUACGCAGAGACAAUUCCUCAGAUAGCUUAUUCACAGAACAUCCCUAUUAUGGAACGGAAAAUCGCGAAGCUGUAAGAUUUUCAUGCCCAUCAUCAUAUACCGAAUCUUCGGGAUCAUCAACCGAGGAAAUGAGUUCCAAUGCGUCCACUAUUACUCGGCCGAAUAUUGAACAAACGAAUAGUUUCUUAAGGGAAAUUAUUUAA